AUGAGGGGUGCGGGUGCCCUCACCGGGUGCGGGCCCGGAGCCUUGAGGGAUCUCUCACCUGCCGGGGCACACGGGCCGGGAUCCGGGGGUUCCUCACCUGGCGGAGGAGGCGGAGCGAGGUCCAGAGGGGAUCCGGGGGUAUCUCACCUGCCGGGACAGGCGGGGCGAGAUACAAGGGAGGAUCCGGUGAUCUCUCACCUGUCGGAGCGGGCGGGGCGAGGUCCAAGUGGCAUCCGGGGGGUGCGCCUCCGCGCCGCCGCCGCCGCCCUCUGCCUCUGCCUGCUGGGCGCCUGCCGCCUUCGCCGCGGGCUGGAGGCCGCCGCCGUGCGCGGCCCGUCAGCGGCCGCUCCCCAGCGACCCUCGGCAGCCGCGCCUUCCUCCGCCUCCUCCUCCUCCGCUGCCGCCGCCUCCCCCUUCUCCUCCCCGCCGCGGAGGGACGGGGCUCUCCGCAACGGCACGGUGGUGCCGCAUCAUUACAUGGUGGCCCUGUACCAGCGCCUGGCCGCCCGCCGCGCCCCCGGCCGCCGCGCCGACACCGUGACGGGCUUCGCGGAGCGGGCGCGCAGCGAUGCAUCCCCAUCCGCCUCGGAGCAGCGGUACCUCUUUGACAUCUCCAGCCUGCCUGAGGCAGAGGAGGUGACGGGCGCAGAGCUGCGGAUCCUGCGCUCCCUCCCUGAGAACCGGAGCUUGGCCCUGUCCCCCGAAGGCACCUUCCACCACCUCCUCCUUGCCACCUGCCCGAGCCGGGACGGCGAGGAGCCCCGGCUGCUGGACUCCAGGGCCGCAGACAUUUUGGACACGGGCUCCUCCAGAUGGGAGGUGUUUGAUGUCUGGGAGGCCUUGCGAGAUCAGAGGGAGAGGUCGCUCUCGGGAAAGCUGCUGUGCUUCCUGCUGAGGAUCGUCUCGGAUCAGUCGGGGCAGCUCCUGCCCCCUCGGCAGCUGGGCUUCGGCAAGCCCCGGCCGCAGCCCCACGAGCGAGCCCUGCUCGUGGCCUUCUCCCGCACCCAGAGGAAGGAGAACCUCUUCAAGGAGAUCCGGGAUAAGAUCAAGGCCCUGGGCAGCCCCCCCUUCCUGGAGCCCCCCGAUCCCGGCCAGGAGGCGUACCUGAAGCGGAGGAAGAGGAGGACCACCAUUGCCGCCCGGUCCGGGGGCAGAGGCCACGGGAAGAAGGCGAAGACUCGCUGCAGCAGGAAGCCCCUGCACGUGAACUUCAAGGAGCUGGGCUGGGAUGACUGGAUAAUCGCCCCCCUGGAUUACGAGGCCUAUCACUGCGAGGGGGUCUGCGACUUCCCCCUGCGCUCCCACCUGGAGCCCACCAACCAUGCCAUAAUCCAGACCCUGAUGAACUCCAUGGACCCAGAGUCCACCCCCCCGAGCUGCUGCGUGCCCUCCAAGCUCAGCCCCAUCAGCAUCCUCUAUAUAGACUCUGGGAACAAUGUGGUUUACAAACAGUAUGAGGACAUGGUCGUGGAGACGUGUGGCUGCAGGUAG